AUGCGACUGAUUGAUCGGUGGGCAUCCACGUCUAUGACAGCCCAACCUGGCUCCCGCGUGGUGCCGUUGCUUCUCAGUUGAAGCAACACUACAAAGGUGCAGCUCGGCAAGUGCUUGCUUGCAGGAAGGACGUCCAUGAGAGGUAGCUCUCAAGUCGAGAGGGUGUUAUAUUCCAAGCUGUGUUGGAUGAGGUGGGUGUAACCACAUUUUACCCCCACAUUCAGUCCAUCUGCCAAUGUGGGGGGCCCAUCCAUACUGCGGCUGCUGGGCGAACUUGCCCCAUUAUUUCAGCUGCAGCCUCGCUGGGAGACCCAAUCGAAGCACUCGCUGCCUCUGGAUUGCAAGUCCAAGCGUGAUAACCAUUAUUACAAACAUCGUCAAUAAGUGGCGGUGACGUCACCACGACGCUUGUGCCAGGCUAGGUGUACCUUGAAGCCACGUUAAGUAUCGAAGGCUUCCUUGCAGACAGACUCAGGUGCCAUAGAUUGACUGACCGAGGUGACUGGCCGAUGCACCGCCUGUGCUCCCUACUGUUCCAACGUGCUGAGUUUUAGUCGCACGGUUGUCUGAGCCAUGCGCCGCCUAUAAUCGGGGAAUCCCCGUGCCUCCGCAUUGCGUAGCUUGUUUAAAUCUCACUGCGGCAACCGCACACACGCAGACACAGUAAAGCAGCCGCCCUGUGUUUGUGUACUGACAUGGAGGUGUUCUUGGCGGUGAGCGUGACCAUGUUAAUCGCCCGGGCUUCGGGCUGCAGCGACUGCACGGAGACGUCCGCGGGGUCGCUCGGGAGGCCCAAGAGAGACAAUGCUGCCUGCCGUGACAGCCAAUACCUGCACCAGGGCCGAUGCUGUGAGCAGUGUCCGACCGGGUAUUUUGUGGAGGCCCACUGCACUGCCUCUGCUCAAACACAAUGCAAGUUGUGCCCUGAGGGUUUCUUCCUGGAAGUGACUUCGGGGCGCGAUGGCUGUUUGCGCUGUCAGCACUGUGACCCAGUGGACGGCCUAGACGAGGCCGUCCACUGCUCUGCAACGUCGGACGCGCGCUGCCGCUGCCAGGCGGGGUCCUUCUGCUCCCACCCGAGCGGCAGCAGCUGCCUCCUGUGCCGCAGCCACUCCUGGUGUGAUGCCGGCACACAGCUCCUGCGCAACGGCUCCGAGACUGCGGAUGUGGAGUGCGUGCCGUGCAGCCCUGGGACGUUUUCUCCUGGUGGAAACUCCCGGUGCAAACCUCACACCAAUUGCUCAUCAGAGGGCCGGCUCUUGGUUCUGGAGGGAUCGGCUGUGAGUGACGCACGCUGCAUGGUGAUUCCCAAGUCCCCGCCUCCCGAGCCUUCAGCCCCGUUGAUGCAGAACACAAUCAUCAUUGCCGUGUGCACGGGAGCAGUAAUCCUGAGCAUUGUGAGCUUUGCGAUGGUGGUGAUGCUGAUGGUGCGUCAGAGGACCCGGCCGAAGAGCCAGUGCAGUCGCCUGGAGGCAGCGGCAGAGAGUGGCUCCCAGCGUGCCUCCAAGCAGAGAGCAGCGCAUGGGCGCCUGGACCCUCAAGGCAGUGAUGGCUCGAACACCGAGGACCGGUGCUCGAUGCUGGAAGUGGAUCGGAACCAGCUCUCCCUGCUGUCCCAGGUUCCCGUCCAUGGCUCCUCGAUAUCCAUCUCCAAGUCGUCUCACUAUCCGCUGGAGGAAAGUGACGCGGUGUUGGAGUCAAGCAACCUGGAAUGUCUGCAAAGCCUUCCCUGCCAAGACUCGGGCAGGCAGGGCCAAUCCUGAGCCGUGGAGACCUACACUAUGGUUGCAACACUCGCACCAAAAGCAUUAGUUUCGUAGAAUAUUUAUUAUGUAUUUGUAGAAAGUAUAUGGAAAUACAGGUUUUUUUGUAUAUGGUGGGAUACCAUCAGGACAGACCCUGGAAGUCAAACAACUGGUCUGGUAGAGUCGCGGGAUCUGGCAGAGGGUAUAAAUGGUAAAUGAGGUGUAGUGGCAUUGUGGCAGAUCCAAGAGGAGGUGAUGGGGGAUAUUUCAACCUCCCCUUGAGACUUCGAAACUUGUUAUUCCAUUGAUAUUUACUUGUCAAAUGUGUUAAAAAUAUAUAUUGUUAAUUUAGCACCCUAUUAUUUUGGGAUCACCAGGCCCUUGGGAAGUUUAUAGAUCUGACUGAUUGGCAUCAACCGUUGUGGCCUUGAUGACAUCUUCAUGUUCAGAAUGUGUCCAGCAAAGCUCUUUUUCCCUUGAAGAUGGAAAUUAAGGGGAGAGUGUUUUACACGUAUAAGUUUUGAUAUUUAUUAAACAUUGUUAAAUGGUAUGUGUUUAACAAGGCCGUAAUUAUAAUAUAUAUUGUGGGGGACACAUCCCCCCAAUAUUCAAAUAUGCUCAAAAUGUCCCCCCCAAUAUAUUGCUAUAAUAAAAUGCUAUGCUAUGUAA